UAUUAAAGAAGGAUUCUUCAGUUACCUUGUAUAUUUGCUUGGCUACGUUGUGUCCAUUUUACAAGAUAAAAUAGAAUUUUGUUAAGAGAACUGCGAAUUUAAUUUUGCAUUCUACAUUUACUCUCUCCCUUCUCCUUGCCCCUCAGCCGCAACGAGUCUGUAGCUGUAACUAAAAGGUUGAGAAAUGACCGACGCUGUUGUGAGUAAGGCAAUUGAGAAGCUGGAUUUGUUGCUGACCUCAGAAGUUAAGCUGUUGGUUGGUGUCCAUAAAGAAAUUGCAGACGUCAAGGACGAACUGGAAAGCAUCAAAUCUUUCCUCAGAGAUGCAGAUGCCAGGGCGGAUCAAGGAGUCGAUAGCAAUCUCAAUGCCUGGGUCAAACAAGUAAGAAAACUGUCUUACAGCAUAGAAGAUGUCAUCGAUGAUUACACGCAGCAUUUGGCUCGAAACAGGGAUCGCCAUAAUUUGUUGCAUAAGAUCACUCGCUUGGCCAUGAAAUUAAAGCCACGCCACCAGAUAGCCUCACGGAUUCAAGAAUUCAAGAAAUCAGUUCGUGUAAUAAGGGAAAGAUGCGACAGAUAUAACUUCAGUUCUUCUUUAGAACAAGGAGGCAAUGAGGGGCCUAAUACAUGGAAUGACCCUCGGCUGGCUUCCUUGUUCAUCGAGGAAGCUGAACUUGUGGGAAUCGAAGCUCCAAAAAGUAAAGUGGUCAAUUUAUUGUUAGAGGGAACAUCCAAGAGAGCUGUGAUCUCAGUGGUGGGCAUGGGAGGAUUAGGCAAGACCACCCUUGCCAAGAAGGUAUACGACUCUGAGAGGGCUUCAUCACACUUUGAUUGCAAGGCUUGGAUCACAGUAUCUCAAUCCUACAAGAAGGAGGAGCUACUGAGGACCAUGAUAAAGCAAUUGCAACGAGAAAAGCCACAGCCUGCAUUCGAUGGAAUAGAGAAUAUGGAAGAGUCGCAGCUGAUUACGAAGCUGAGAGAGUAUUUAUCAGAGAAGAGGUAUAUAGUUGUUCUUGAUGAUGUCUGGAGUAUUGAUUUCUGGGGAUAUAUAAGGAAUGAUUGUCCUGAUAAUGACAAAGGCAGUAGAAUCAUUAUCACGACUCGAAGGGUAGAUGUUGCCCCUUCCUCUAAAGAGUCUUCAAUUUAUCAUGUCCACGAACUUCAACCUUUGCCUCGUGACCAAGCUUUUGAGCUGUUUUGCAAGAAGGUAUUCCAAUUGAACGAGGGAAAUUGCCCAUUGGAGUUGCAAGAGUUGUCAGAGGCUAUCGUUCAAAAAUGUGAAGGAUUGCCCUUAGCCAUUGUGACAAUUGGUAGUUUAUUAGCAACUAAAGACAAGAGUACAUCAGAGUGGCAAAGGUUGUGCAAUGGACUUGGUUCAGCAUUAGCAAGUGAUCAGCGGCUCUCAAGUAUUGCAAAAAUUUUAUCCCUAAGCUAUCAUGAUCUGCCUUACCAUCUUAAAUCUUGUUUUUUGCAUUUGAGCCUCUUUCCAGAGAAUUACGCUAUUAAUUGUCGAAGAUUAAUUCGAUUGUGGAUAGCUGAGGGCUUCAUAAAAGAAAGGCAAGGCGUAACAUUGGAAGAUAUUGCAGAGGAAUACUUAAUCGAGCUCUUUCACAGAAGCUUGGUUCAAGUGGCCAGUGUUAGCAUUGAUGGUAGGGCGAAAGAAUGCAAGGUCCAUGAUUUGGUAAGGGAGGUUUUUCUUUCUGUAUCCAAAGAAUUAAGCUUCCAUCAAGUCUCAUUAGAAACAUAUGAGAGUAUGAAUGGAAGAAUCCGGCACCUCUCAAUUUAUGGUGGAGCAACACAUAUUCCAGAAAGUAGCAGCAAUUUUCAAACUCAUUCUAUUAUUGUUUUAGGAGUACAUGAAUUGCCAAAAUCUUUGGUUAGUUCAUUCUUUACAAAUCUUAAGCUUUUGAGAGCUCUAGAUUUUGAAGGAGCACCUUUGGAUCACAUUCCUAAAGAAUUGGGAACUUUAUGGCAUUUGAGAUAUUUAAGCCUAAGAAGGACAAAGGUAAAGAUGAUACCAACAACCAUUGGUAAGCUGUGCAACCUAGAGACUUUGGAUUUGAGAGAUUCCCUUGCGUAUGAUCUGCCUGCUGAGAUCAAUAGGCUGCCUGAAUUGCGACAUCUUCAGGCCUAUUCCGUUAAUUUCGAUGAUGAUUUUGAUGUUAAUACCUAUCGUGGGUUGAAGAUGCACGGCAACAUUGGGUGUCUAAAGGCCUUACAAAAGCUUGAAUACAUCGAAGUAGAUGAUGACAUGGGCUUGAGAUGUUUGACACAGUUGCGAUCAUUAGGGAUCACGAAAUUGAAAAGAGAAAAGGUCAUCGCAUUGUGCUCUGCGUUGGAGAAGAUGACUUGCCUUCGCAGUCUGAGUGUCUUUUCAAUACAUGGGGAUGAAUUUCUGGAUCUGGAAUCAAUUUCUAAUCCCCUUCCUCUCCUUCAACGUCUCUACCUACAUGGCCCAUUAAUGGAGUUGCCAAAUUGGAUUGUCAAGCAAACGAGUUUGGUUAAACUCGAUCUAUUUUGUUCCAGAUUAGGAGAAGGUGCAAUGCAGGACCUCGAAGCUUUACCUAAUCUACAAAGAUUAAGGAUUUAUAAGGGAUACAAUGGAGAGCAAUUGCAUUUUAGGAGAGACUGCUUUCAAAAACUCAAGGUGCUGCAUCUACGUUCCUUGACUCCAUUGAAUGUGCUCAUAAUAGACCAAGGAUCACUUCCUCUUCUUGAAGAGCUAAUUAUUGGGCCUUGCCCGAAUUUGAAGGAGGUGCCCUCUGACAUCCAGUUUCUGAGAAAUCUCAAAAAGCUGGAUUUUGAGGACAUAAAGAGAGAAUUUGCAAUUGAAAUGCUACCAGAUGAAGGUCCUGACUAUUGGAAAGUUAAGCAUAUACCAACAGUCCUCUUCUCAUAUAAGAUUACAGGACUCAAUUUUAAAUACUACAAGCUUGGUGAUUCAGACUUGGUGAAACACUUGCACAAGGACUUGGAAUGAUGUGCUAAGUUCAGUUCUUGCAGCUCCACUAACAGUACAGGUACUUUCUAUUGAUGGUGCUGAGCUUCUCAUUUAGUCCAUGGCUUUCUACUGCCAAGGAGGUUUUAUGCUUUUGUUGUUGUGGCGUUGCAACUCUAGUUCAUCUGCUAUUAGGCUAUCAAGUCUCAGACUUCUAUGACAUUGAAAUUUGUAUCUAAUAAUAUUAUUGUGUCAUUAAAACGUGCAUGCUAUGCUAAACUCUUGGAGUUGAUAGAGUUUUUGGAGAAUAUUUGGUGAAAAAUUAUGCGUGAAAAAAAAGGAAAUAUUUUGGUGGAAUGUGUUUUGUCGAAAAGGAGAAGUUCUCCAUAUUUGUAGAUUUAAAUUUAUGAAGAUUGUCUUGUGUUUGGUGUGUGA